AUGUUCUGGCUCACAGGAGGCAAGCCCCCCGCCAAUCAGCUUCCCCCUGUGCGGGUAACAGAGGAGCCGGUUUCCACAGCCACAGCGGUGGACGAGGCGGCAGUGGAGGUGACCCUAAGGAGGGCAGUGCGCUUCUAUGAGACGAUUCAGGCGGAGGACGGGCACUGGGCGGGGGACUAUGGGGGCCCGCUAUUUCUCAUGCCGGGCCUGCUGAUCACGCUGCAUGUGACGGGCGCCCUGGACCAGGUGCUCACAGCAGAGCACAAGAGGGAGAUGGUGCGAUACCUCUACAACCACCAGAACCCAGACGGAGGUUGGGGCCUGCACAUAGAGGGCCACAGCACCAUCUGGCCGCGAGUGGAUCCUCUCGCACGGCAGCGCCACUGCCAGCACCUCCUGGGGCAAAUUCUGGCUCUGCGUGCUAGGCGUGUGCUAGGCGUGUACGACUACCGGGGCAUCAACCCCAUGCCGCCUGAGAUGUGGCUGCUGCCCUACUUCCUCCCCGUCCACCCUGGGCGCAUGUGGUGCCACUGUCGCAUGGUGUACCUCCCCAUGUGCUACAUCUACGGCUUGAGAGCGCACGGCCCCACUGACACGCCCCUGGUUGCGGCUCUUAGAGAGGAGCUCUAUAACGAGCCGUAUGAGUCCAUCAACUGGAACAACAUGAGGCGCCGCUGUGCCAAGGAGGACCUGUACUUCCCCCAUCCCUUCAUCCAGGACUGCCUCUGGGAUGCUCUCUACCAUGUGGCCGAGCCGCUCUUCAAUAAGCUGCCACCAGGGAAGCUUAUAAGGAGGAUGGCGCUCAGGGAAGCGAUGAAGCAUAUACACUACGAGGACGAGAACACCCGCUUUGUCUGCAUCGGGCCUGUUAAUAAGGUGAUCAACAUGCUGUGCUGCUGGGUGGAGGACCCAAACAGCGAGGCAUUCAAGAAGCACCUGCCACGAGUGGCGGAUUACCUCUGGCUCGCAGAGGAUGGCAUGAAGAUGCAGGGCUACAACGGCAGUCAGCUGUGGGACACAGCCUUCGCAGUGCAGGCGCUCCACGCCGCAAGCAUGAUGGACGAAACCCACCGCGCUCUAAAGCUCGCCCACUCAUACCUCGACCGCUCCCAAGUACAGGAGGACUGCCCUGGUAAGCUAUCAGCAUGGUACCGCCACAUCUCAAGGGGCGCGUGGCCCUUCUCCACGCGCGACCAUGGCUGGCCCAUCAGUGACUGCUCGUCUGAGGGGCUCAAAGCAUCGCUCAUCUUGGAGGCCCUCCCGCCCCACCUGGUGGGCGAGGCCAUUCCCGAGCGCCGCCUGUGUGACUGUGUAGACGUCAUUCUCUCCUACCAGAACAAGGAUGGGGGCAUGGCCACAUAUGAGAACACACGCUCCUACCCCUGGCUUGAGAUCCUCAAUCCAUCGGAGACGUUUGGAAACAUCAUCAUCGACUACUCCUACGUGGAGUGCACGUCAGCAUGCAUUCAAGCCCUCACAGCGUUCACGAGAGCACACCCGGAGUACCGGGCAGAUGACAUCGAGCAGGCGAUUUGGAAGGCGAGGGGCUUUCUCGUGGAUAUCCAGAAGGACGAUGGCUCGUGGUACGGCAGCUGGGGCGUGUGCUUCACGUACGGCACGUGGUUCGGCAUCUCAGGGCUGGUGGCAGCAGGGGCGCGCUACGAGACGUCGAAUGCCAUCCGCAAGGCCGUGCGCUUCCUGCUGGACAAGCAGCUGCCGGCAGGGGGGUGGGGGGAGAGCUACUUGUCCAGCCAAGACAAGAAAUACGUCAAUCUGCCAGGCGACCGCCCUCACCUGGUGAACACAGCGUGGGCCAUGCUCGCCCUUAUGGAAGCCGACCAGCACCUGCGCGACCCCCGGCCUCUGCACGCUGCAGCGCGGGUGCUGGUGAAUGGGCAGAUGGAGAAUGGAGACUUCCCCCAGGAGGACAUCAUAGGGGUGUUCAACGGCAACUGCAUGAUAAGCUACUCCGCUUAUCGCAACAUCUUCCCCAUCUGGGCUCUUGGAUUGUACCGAAACAAAGUGCUCAAGCAGGCAAUCAUGGUGUGA